AUGGAGAACCCUGCUCGCGAACAAAAACUAGCCUCGCUCUCCAAAUCCAUCACCACCCUUCAAACCCAACAAAGCGAGCUCGAAGCCGAGCUGGCCGAGCUCACCUCCAAGCUGAGCUCCAGACAAAACCCGUCUACCACUGUACAGCGCCACAUCCGCCUCUUGCACGAGUACAACGAGAUCAAAGAUGUCGGACAGGGCCUGAUGGGACUAAUUGCAGACGCACAUGGUGUGCGGCAGAUCGAAGUGCAGAAAGAGUUUGGUGUCAAGGAGGACGACUGA